AUGUCAAAUCGAGGAAGACAACCGUCUGGACCUCCACCUAGUCGUAAACGUGAAACAAAAUGGUCUGGAAAACCAAAGAGAUAUGCCAAUUUUGGGGCACAAUCUUUUGAUACGGUGAUUACUGGUCAUCUUACCCAAGAGCAAUUAGAUGCUUACCAAAGAUACUUUAGAAUCGAAGAAAUCAGUAAUUUUUUGAGUGUGGCUAAGCAACAACACAAAUCAAUAGUGGAUGUAUUACCAUCUGCAAAGGUCGACGAGACUGAUCAUUACAAAAGAGACCCUUCCCCACCACCAAAGUACGACAAGAAUGGUAACAGAACUAAUACCAGAGAAAGGAGAGUUACAGAGGCAUUGGAAAAGGAAAGACACGAGCUAGUUGAAUUGGCUGCCUCCAGUAUAAAAAACUAUAUGAUUCCAUCCAACUAUCGUAGACCAUCAAGAACUGUCGAAAGGUUAUAUGUGCCAGUGAAAGACUAUCCCGAUAUUAAUUUUGUUGGAUUUUUGAUUGGUCCCAGAGGAAAUACAUUGAAGAAACUACAAGAGGAUAGUGGGGCACGGUUGCAAAUCAGAGGUAAGGGAUCCGUCAAAGAAGGAAAAAGUUCCGAUGGCUUUGGCUCUUCACAAACCGGAACUGACAUUCAAGAUGACUUGCAUGUUUUGAUAACAGCAGACUCUCCACUCAAGAUAUCUAAGGCAGUUAAAUUGGUUAAUGAAAUUAUUGACAAGCUCAUUUUCUCCCCACAGGGAAUGAACUUUAUGAAGCGUGAUCAGUUGAAGGAGCUUGCUGUUUUGAAUGGGACCUUGAGGGAAACAAAACCAUUUGAUCCAGAAGCUCACGAGAAGAAGCAACAACAACAAAUGGAUAUCACAAAGAUUGUAUGUAAAAUAUGUGGCAACAUUGGUCACAUUGCCAGGGAUUGUAAACAGAAUAAUGGAAAACGUCCACUUGAUGACAACGCUGAGAAUGAACCUACAACAAUAAAUAAGAAAGCUAGAACCGACGUACCACCACCACCACCUCCACCACCACCUCCAGCCCCUCCUUCUUCUAGUACAGAAAUCCUGAAACAAGUUCCUCCACCGCCUCCACCUCCACCCCCACCGGCACCAUCUGCUGCAGCUUCUGGUUUUGCCACUACCGAAAAUUACAAACAAGGAUUGGUACCUCCUCCACCGCCACCGCCACCGCCACCGCCUCCUCCUGUACGACUGGCAUUGGUAAAUUUUGAAAACAAUUCAAAAGUUUUAUUGACGAAGGAAAAGGAGGAAUCUGGCUCUAGUGAAUUGAAGAAUACGGGUGAAUCGAGUUCGAGCUCUUCUGGUGUACCACCUCUGCCUCCACCUCCAUCUUCGAAUGUUCCAAGGUGA